UUCCAUGGGGUAAAACACGUACAGCUUCUGCAUGUAAUUUUUUGGUGCAAGUUGUCUAACAGAAACUACGGCUUGAUAUGCUCUGCGUGCAGAUCGAUGCAUUCUGUUCUAUGGUUUCUCAAGUCAUCUAGAGAUUCGGAUAGUACACUGGAGAGCGAUAGCCUCCCCUGAUGGACCAUGAAUCUUGAGACUUUUGGGUGUGGACGGCAAUGCUAGAUGUACUAUACUUGAAAGCAGUAUCAACUACAACCUAUAGAAAAAGAGUGUUUUGGCUACUUUGUGCUUCACUUGUAGAAUGUCAUGUCACAUUUCUCACUCUCGCGAAAAGAUGUACAUGGGCGACCGCACUUGAAUGAGCAGAGGAUGUAGCUAAAAACUCGUUCAGGGCGUGAAAAUUGAUGAUUGCAGUAAUCUACUGUGACCUUGAUACUGUUUUUAUAUCAGGUAGUGAAACUUGCCUAUUCCCUGAUUUUUUGCUUAGUUAUACUUCAUUCGAAAACUCGCAGAAUACCAUGUUCUCUCUCGGUUGCAUGCCUGAUGACUGCAAUUCCAACGAUGAAUUCAUAGAAGUGUAG